GAGCUGCGAGUGAGAGACAAAGACCCCCGUCCGUUCUGCACGCGCUCACACCGCCAACGCUCCUCUGCAUGCCGGAUCCAGUUUUUCUCUCACUACUAUGCCUGUGUGUCGGACCGCUGUGUUUUAACUUGUGUGUGUGUGUGUGUGUGGAAGUGAAUUUUACGGAUACUACAGAGCACUCGUGGUGGACUAGGAUUCCUCGUCUUUAAUGGAAGGAUUGUACCACGACAUUUCCAGAAUUUCAUUUUACACAGAAUAUGACAGACACCUAGCGCACAGUAAAGGCAUGGCGACGGCAUACCUGGAGCCCAACCCAAACCACACCCUGGGCAGCGGGGCCAAGGCCCGUCUCAGCGCGGGGACGGAGCGGGCCCCCGGGGCCCCGGACAGGGUCCUGAAGAUCUUCCAUCGCUUUGAGAACAACAGCGAGCACAGCACCUGGUCCAGCAACAUCCGGCAUGGAGACGCCACCGACGUCAGGGGAAUCAUUCAGAAGAUCGUGGACAUUCAUAAGGUCAAACACGUGGCUUGUUUCGGGCUGCGUCUCACUCACGUACCGUCGGGUGACGUCCACUGGCUCCACCCGGAUAUGGGCGUGUCCCACGUUAGGGAGAGAUACGAGCAGAACCGCCCACAGGACGAAUGGAGGUAUGAGUUGAGGAUCCGUUACCUGCCCAAGGGCUUCCUCAAUCAGUUUGCUGAAGACAAACCUACUCUCAACUAUUUUUAUCAGCAGGUGAAGAAUGACUACAUGCUGGAGAUUGCGGAUCAGGUGGAUCAGGAGAUCGCGCUGAAGCUGGGAUGUCUUGAGAUCAGGAGAUUCUACAGAGAGAUGAGAGGAAACGCUCUGGAUAAAAAAUCCAACUAUGAACUGCUAGAAAAAGACGUUGGACUACGACGGUUCUUCCCCAAAAGUUUGUUGGAAUCGGUUAAGGCCAAAGCGCUGAGGAAACAGAUCCAACAAACGUUUAAGCAGUUCGCCAACCUGAACGACGAGCAGAGCAUACUGAAGUUUUUUGAGAUCCUGGCGCCAGUCUACAGAUUCGACAAAGAGUGCUUUCGAUGUGCUCUGGGGUCGAGUUGGGUCAUAUCAGUGGAUCUCGCCAUCGGUCCAGAGGAGGGAAUCAGUUACCUGACAGACAAGGGCUCCACGCCGACACAUCUGGCCAACUUCACGCAGGUGCAGAGCAUUCAUUACUCCUGCGUGGAGGAGAAGGAGAGGAAGGGCGUCUUACAGCUGGACGUGGCAGGAGCCGCUGAGCCUCUCACGAUCAGCACGCCGUCCUUCGCCACCGCUGAGAACAUGGCCGACCUCAUCGACGGAUACUGUCGACUGCUCAGUGCCAUCAACCAGUCCUUCAUCGUCAGACCGCAGAAAGAGGGGGAAAGAGCUCUUCCAUCCAUUCCAAAACUGGCCAACAAUGAGAAGCGGCUGGAGGGUAUUCGGGCAGGAGUUCGUGCCAUCUCUGUUUCAGACUCGGUGGUUCAGACGCCUACCAAAGCUGCUAAAGCUCGGCGCUUUCUCCUUCCGUUUGUCCUCUGUUCCCAUGAUUCUCCUCCUAAGGAAGAUCUAAGCGGAGAUGAAACAGACGACUACGCAGAGAUCAUAGAUGAGGAGGACACCUACACCAUGCCCUCCACCGAAUGCUAUGGAUUAGACGCAGCUCAGGACUAUGAGAUCCAGCGGGACAGAAUCGAGUUGGGACGGUGUAUCGGCGAGGGCCAGUUUGGUGACGUCCACCAAGGGGUUUACAUGAGUCCGGAGAAUCCAUCGUUAUCAGUGGCCAUUAAGACGUGUAAGAACUGCACCUCAGACAGCGUGCGUGAGAAGUUCCUCCAGGAAGCUCUGACAAUGCGGCAGUUUGACCAUCCGCACAUUGUGAAGUUGAUUGGAAUCAUCACUGAGAAUCCCGUCUGGAUCAUCAUGGAGUUGUGCACGCUUGGAGAGUUGAGGUCGUUCUUGCAAAUAAGGAAGUACAACCUCGACCUGUCCACGCUGAUUCUGUUCGCCUAUCAGCUGAGCACAGCGCUGGCAUACCUGGAGAGCAAACGCUUCGUGCACAGGGACAUUGCUGCCAGGAACGUGCUGGUGUCUUCCAUAGACUGUGUGAAACUCGGUGACUUCGGUCUCUCCAGAUACAUGGAGGACAGUUCCUAUUAUAAAGCUUCUAAAGGGAAACUGCCGAUCAAAUGGAUGGCUCCUGAAUCCAUAAACUUCCGGCGGUUUACCUCGGCCAGUGACGUCUGGAUGUUUGGUGUGUGUAUGUGGGAAAUCCUCAUGUUCGGCAUCAAGCCCUUCCAGGGCGUGAAGAAUAAUGAUGUGAUCGGGCGGAUAGAGAACGGCGAGAGGUUAGCGAUGCCCCAAAACUGCCCUCCGACCCUCUACAGCCUGAUGACCAAAUGCUGGGCGUACGACCCCAGCAAACGCCCUCGCUUCACCGAACUCAAGACGCAGCUCAGCACUAUCCUGGACGAGGAGAAGGCCCAGCAGGAGGAGCGUUUCCGGAUGGAGAUGAGGAGACAGGUCACCGUGUCCUGGGACGCUGGGAAUUCAGACGAGGCUCCUCCAAAGCCCAGCAGACCUGGUUACCCGAGUCCUCGAUCCAGUGAAGGUUAUUUCCCUAGUCCUCAACACGCUGGUCAGCACAACCACUACCAGGGGUCAGGAUAUCCUGGUGCACACGUGACCGGUGCAGGAUUCCCGCCGCAGGCGUCUGUCCUCGACCCGCAUGAAGCAUGGAACCAUCACAGACAGGAGGUUCCUGUGUGGUCUCCAAACAUGGAGGAUGGAGGCGCUCUGGGGCGGACUCAGGGGAUGCCCGCCCACCUGAUGGAGGAGACGCUCAUUAAGCAGCAGCAGCAGAUGGAGGAGGACCAGAGAUGGCUGGAGCAGGAGGAGAGCUUCCUGAAGCCGGAGUCGAGGAACUCGAGGGGCAGCAUCGAUCGUGAGGACAGCGCUCUCCAGGCCCCGAUGGGGAAGCAGCACGUUUAUCAGCCCGUGGGUAAAGCAGAACAUGUGGCUCCACCAAAGAAGCCGCCCCGUCCCGGCGCUCCGAGUCACCUGACCAACCUGAACCCUGUGGACAGUUACAACGAGGGUGUCAAGAUCCAGCCUCAGGAGAUCAGUCCUCCUCCCACAGCAAACCUGGACCGCUCCAAUGAUAAGGUGUAUGAGAACGUGACGGGGCUGGUGAAGGCCGUGAUCGAGAUGUCCAGCCGCAUCCAGCCCGCGCCGCCCGAGGAGUACGUCCCCAUGGUGAAGGAUGUUGGACUGGCGCUCAGGACUUUACUAGCGACGGUGGACGAGACCAUCCCAGUGUUACCGGCCAGCACUCACAGAGAGAUCGAGAUGGCUCAGAAGCUGCUGAACUCGGACCUGGCGGAGCUCAUCAGUAAGAUGCGUCUGGCGCAGCAGUACGUCUUGACCAGCCUGCAGCAGGACUACAAGAAGCAGAUGCUGACCGCGGCUCACGCGCUCGCCGUGGACGCCAAGAACCUGCUGGACGUCAUCGACCAGGCGCGGCUGAAGAUGCUGGCCCACGGCCGGCCGCACUGACUCCUGCCUCCUGAUGCUGGAUCAUCAGCGGGACUUCAACACAGCAGAGCUGACAGAAAUACACCUUUAGAAUAGAGAUUGGUGGAGUUGGUGGAGCGGAGAGGAUAUUGCAGACGUAUUGUUUUAUAACCGCUAGCAGCAUCGUGUUUUAUUUUGUAUCCAGAAAUGAAGUUGGUCUUAAACUUUCUCAGCGCUGGAGAAUCUGCAACUGGAACCCAAUGAACUCUAAUAAUGGUUUUCCAAUGAUCCAAAGGUCACGCAAGUGAUUUUCUAUAGUUGAUCUCAGACUUCGGUGAUCAAGGUGCUUUAACAACAUCCUCUGAGAAACUCAGGGGUUCGACGCACCGAGAGACACGACUCUCAUGUACAGACUCACAAAGCCAAACCACAGUCGUAUUUAACAGAUUUUUUAAAGGAAUCACAGCUAUUGUAUGAAACAGAGGGAAAUUCCAAUGCGAAUAUAGUCACAUAUCAGUCACUUGAAGCACAUAUUGAUAAAUUGUUAUAAUCGAAGCUGCCUUCUGAAUUCAUUUUAAGAGACUUAAUUCUGUAAAAUCAUGUCAUGUUGUUGUUUUUUACCACACACUAGGGUUGAAGUGGCCCGUUUGAGUUCGGACUAGAAUUACUUUUGUGUACAGAACAAUCGUGAAAUCCAUUUUGUCAUUGCUAUAAAUUAUUCUCAGGAAGAAGCAACUGUACAGAUCUUUUAACUAAUAAAAUGUUAUCAUUAUCUUUA